UUUUUUUACCUUUGGUUCAGCUCUUUUACCUCCAAAAUGGAAACACACCGCCUUGUACCUUGUACUUUUUGGCCAGACAGAUUUGAUCACCUUGAGUACGUCUCUUAAGUCAGUUGAGAUCAAGAUCUGAACGAAUGAACACUGGCAAUCAAGAAUUAUGCUUAAAACCGAAGGUCGAAAUCGCUCAUUGUCUUUUACCUACACGGGUACCAGCACUCAUAUGGGGAGCAAAAUCCUACGCCAACCCGAUGCUGAGCAUCUCAUUCAGUCCUUUCCCAUCAAGGAGUUCAAAGAAGAAAAUGAAGACAUCGAUGAUUUCGCUCUUCCGCGGUUGCCUUCACCAACGAAGCCGAAGGAAGCCGAAAGGAUCCGGAUUUUGGAACGAAUCACCUCCAAAUUCCAUUUGACGGACGCCCAUUUGAGGCACAUUGAGAAACGAAUGUUGGACGAGGUUAAUCGAGGAUUGGGCAAGGCCACCAAUCGUUCAGCCAACGUCAAAAGCUUCGUAACCUAUGUGCACGAGAUUCCAUCUGGGCGAGAGAGUGGUCAAUAUCUCGCCUUGGAUCUUGGUGGAACAAACUUUCGAGUCAUCUUGGUUGAACUUGAAGCCGGUUCCAGAUCAGUGAAAAUGAAGGCUUGCAAACAUGAGGUGAGCCAGAAACUGAUGCUGGGACCGGGAGAGGACCUGUUUGACUUCAUGACAGAUUGUUUAGUUGAGUUCAUGAAAGACCACGACCUUCACGGACAAAAGUUCCAUCUUGGGUUCACCUUCAGUUUUCCAACUCGACAAAUACAACUUGACCGGGCUGAAUUGACAAAUUGGACCAAAGGAUACAAUAACGCCGGAGUCGAGGGUGAAGAUGUGGUGACACUUCUAAAGCGAUCCAUCAAGAAACGACCCGAAUUGAAUAUUCAGGUCGAAGCUAUUCUGAACGAUACGACGGGAUGCCUUCUAGCUUGUGCUUAUAAGCGACCCGAGUGUGCCAUUGGGAUCAUUUUGGGAACAGGGACCAAUGCGUCAUAUGUCGAGGAUAUGAGCCAUGUGGAGAAAUAUGAAGGUCCCCGACCUCGUGGUUGUCAAUCUGUCGUCAUCAACACUGAGUGGGGAGCUUUUGGCAACACCGGUUCUCUGGACAUUAUCCGGACUCAAUUUGAUCAUGACUUGGAUUCAAAUUCCUUGAACCCCGGCAAACAGGUUUAUGAGAAGCUCAUCAGUGGAAUGUACCUGGGUGAACUCGCACGGUACAUCCUAGUUCAUGCUAUUCAGCUUGGUGUACUUUUCGGUGGAAAAGAGCAACCAAAGCUCAGCCAGCCAGGUGGCUUUCCUACCAAAUACAUUUCCGAGAUUGAGGCUGACAUUACCCGGAGCACUUUUACAAACAUCAAACAAGUCAUGUGGGAGCUGCAAAUUACCUUGGCCACUGAUUUUGAUCUGCAAGUAAUUCGCUACAUUUGUGAAUGUGUCAGCACGAGAGCUGCCUAUCUAGCCGGAGCCGGUGUGGCCAGCCUUAUCAAUAAAGUAGCGCGACGCAGGGUGACCGUGGGCAUGGAUGGGUCUCUGUACAAGUUUCACCCUCAUUUGGAUCGGCGCAUGAGAUUAGCCACAAGACGCCUGGUGUCGGAUUGCAUUCAAUUUGAAAUGGUUUUGUCAGAGGAUGGAAGCGGCCGAGGGGCUGCUUUGGCUGCGGCAGUGGCGGAAAAGCAACGCAAUAAAUAUCAGGAGUAACAUUAUUUUUCAAAACAGUGGCUGCAACUGCAAUGUGAGAUCAACGUGUUGCGUAUGAUACAAGAUAUUUAGGUCUGAUUAUGUCACAUGUGUAGGACUUUUGAUAUAUCGACAUUUGUACGUAUCCACCCAGGAUUUUUAGUCCGAUUCCUUUCUCUUUUUCAUGCUCGUACACAUACGCAUGCGUGUCCUUGGAAUGUCUUUUCGAGACUCGUCAAUAUAACCAGCGUUGUAAUGUU